UCUUUGACAGUUUAUCGUUCGAAGGGAAGUGAAAGUAACACUUUUCGGACCAUUGGAAACAUCCUGCAAACUCUCAAACUUUGACUUUCUUCUCUCGAUCAGACAGUCAAACUGCAUGCAUACAAUUUUAUGGAGUAUUACGGGGCGUAAUAUGGGUUUUAGAAAGAGGAGGAAGCGGAACUACCCUGUAAACACCACCCCGACUGUUUUUGCCUGAUCAUCACAAGACGACCUGGCAUGUGAUAUCGAUCAGGUUAGCUAGCUAGCUAGCUAGCUUGUUUAUUCGUCCGGCAAGACAGUGAAAGCGGAAGGUAGCUACUAGCUGAAAUUACAGCAUUCCGCGACGCUGUUGUUUUGAUAAACUUAAGCGAUGUGAUUUAUACAUCCUUGACGACAGCUCUACAUCGGCAGAAAUGGUUCAUGUAUACAACUGCCACCCUUUCGCAUCCCAACAAAUAGUGCCUACUGAGCAGGAGCCGGGGUUGGUGUGCUGUGGAGGAGAUGCCCUUUUCGUGGUGUCUGCGGGAGGAUGCAAGAUCGAAGCGUACCAAAUGCAAGAAGAGGGUUGCACCCUCAUUUGCCGCUUUGCGACUAUGGGUACUGUUCAGAGCAUUUUGCAUAGUCAAGUAGGGGACUAUCUUGUCACAAUAGAGGAGAAGAAUAAAGCCACCUAUCUCCGUGCCUACACAAACUGGCGCUACCAGGCUGCGGAGAAGACCAGGGUCGGGGUCCGCCUGCUCGGUCACUUCCUGCGGGGGUCUUCAUUCCGCGGUGCACCCAAGGAGCAGAUGGAGAUCAUUGAGAUCCCAUUGUUCGAGCCACCGCUGUGCGUGGCCUGCUGCCCUGUCACGGGGGACUUGCUGGUGGGCUGCGCCAAGAGUCUGGUGAUCUUCAGCCUGAAGAGGCAGACCCUGAGCGAGCAGCUCUCUGUGCUGGACUUUGAGCGCUUUCUCAUCCUGCACAUCCCCGGCUGGGUGCCCACACAGGUGGCCUUCUGCUGGGGGUUCGUGGCCCUGCAGACAGAGCUGGAGGUGCUGGUUAUUAAGCUCGAGCAGUUUGAGAGCAGUUCGGCAGAGGAGCAUGCUCUAGUGCCCAAGGACAUGAUAGCCAAGGCUGACAAGGAUGCAGAUUCCAGAAGAGACGGACCUGGGGUACACCAUGACCAAGAUGAUUUCUUCAUGUUCCCGAAACACCAGGAGCUACUGGGAGAGGAGGCACGGGAGUGUGGCAUCUCGGUGUCCCUGGAGUGGACAGGCAUGGAGAGCGAGGCCAGGGAGGAGAUGGGAGUGGCAUACAUCCUGUACAGGCGUUUUGCCCCGGAUUUCUUCCAAGGGUGCAGUGUGGAGGAGACGUGCUUGCACUCCUUGCAGCUCCACCCUUUCUUCACUGUGCCCGGCAAACACGAAGGAUCCAGCGAGGUGAAAGGGAGACAGCCAACGUGUGUCUUCUGUUUUUUCUCGCUGCCCAACACUGGCUACAUGUACAGCAUCAGGAACAUGGUGGAGCUCAUCUCCACCUACCAGUACCCAGAGAAGGCCCAGCAGGCGGUGUUGAGCGACCAGUUCCUCCAUGUCAUCACGAGGAAUGCGCUCCAGUGCUUCUCCGUGCGAUGCAGCGCAGUGGCAGCCCGGGCGGUGGACCCAUACGUCGACACCACCAUGAAGGCCUGCCCCCUAUUCACAAUGGAGGUCUGUGCUCUCCGGAUUCAGCUAUUCAUUGGCUUGAAGGCCCUGUGCCAUGAUAGGAACCAUAUUGUCCUGUUGACCGCAGCCGACGUGGAUGGCAAGGAGGAGACGCAGAGGGUGGUCAGGAGAACAAUCCAAUCAAAAGAUCACAAUACCCUUACUGGGAUUUUGCUAGCGGUAGGUAUAGAGCCAUCAACUGCUCCUGGACUGGAGAGCUUCCUGUCCAGAACCUUCUUGUCAAGAAAAAUCUCCACGCCCAAACUGAAGGAGCCCAGUGAGAGUAGCCAUGGUUGGAACCUGUAUGUGGUCAACACUGUCUCCACUAUCCAGCUCUAUAAUGAGAUGGUAGAGUACAGUCAGAAGUAUGAAUCAACCAAUCCGCUCUCACAGAGUUGUGUGCAUGUGCUGAGUGAGGCGCACCUGUUCCUGCGGGCAGCGCUGUUGGACCCCCGGGUCAGCGAUCCCACUGAGAAGCAGCAGCUACAGGAAGCUUUCCUCGAGAGCUGUGCCCAGCUGGGGGACUGCUACAGCAGGUUUGACAAGCAGGACUGUCACUUGGCUCUGCCUUAUUACAAGAUGUCCGGUUUGUCGGUGAUGGACAUCAUCCAGAGGAACAUGGCUUUCUCCAGCACCUCGACUGGCUUUGGGAAGGGCUUCCUUUUUUUCCUCAAGCACUCACUUUAUGAAGAAACCAUGGAGGAACUGAAUGAAGAGACCGCCAACACCGUGCUGGACAUUUUUAGUGCUGCGGAACCAGCGCAGCUGCCCCAUGUGGUCAGCAGCCCCUUCAUGAGCAGGGCCAGUCCAGCCUCUGCUCUGGCUCACUUGGAACGGCUGGAGGCAUCUGGGGCCCCGUCCGUCACCCUCACCCUCACCAAGGCCGCCCUGGCGCUGCGCAUGGGCGACAUACAGCAGUACAAGCAGCAGAUGGACCGGCACGCCGAGAUGCUGCAGGUGUAUGGCUUCAUCGACGAGCCCAAGCUGCUGCUGCAUGGCAGGGGGAAGGCCGUGGUGCCCACCGCUCUCGCACGGCACCUGAGGGACACACAGGACGGGCUGCUGGUGGCGGCAGUGGUGGCGCUUCAUGAGAACAGCAAGGUCAGGCUGGAGGAGGCCGACCUGUUUUUCCAGGAGCUGUGCAGAGAGGGCGCAGAGGCGGAAAGCGGACCGCAGCUCCUGGUCGAUUUCUGGGAGGCUCUCUUGGUGGCAUCCUCCCAGGAAACAGUCAUCCAGGAGCUGCUGUUCCGCCUGACAUCAGUGUACAUUGACCGUAUCGCUAGGAGAGACAAAUCAGGGAUAAAGCCCCUCAAGACUGCUGAGGACCUGAUCAACUCCUGCUCCCACUAUGGGCUGCUGUUCCCCUGGGUGAGCGUUCUCACACCUACACAUUUCAACAUCAUCCAGGACCACCAAGAGGACCUGCAGAAGCUGCAGUCCCUCCUCUGCGGUCCCUCCCUGGACGUGUCCUCCAUACUCCCCCUGUUGGAGCAGCUGUCUGAUGGGGACAGUGCAGGACUCAGUGUCCACGUCCUGUGUGCCACCAAGCUGGGCCACCAUGAGCGCUCUAUCGAGAGGCUGCUGGACCGCUGCCCUCAGGCCAUCAUCCCCUAUGCCAAUCAUGAGCUGCAGCAUGACAAAACGGCUCUUUGGUGGCAGAAGCUUUUCCCUGAGCUCUGUGAAAGAACCAGGUCGGCUGGAAGUGAAAACAGUAUAUUACUGUCUGCACUGAAAGAUACUUUGGUCGUGGUUGCUACAGAGCUCAACCCACUGGAGCUUCUGAACUUAUUGCCGGACGAUGGGACAGCAGAGUUCUUCCUUCCUCACCUCCUGGAGUGCACUCAAAAAAAUGUGAUAGCAUGAAGAGGCCACAGUGUCUGGACCACACUGGAAAGUAAUCCACUUCGUUCCAGCAAGAAGACAUUGACUGUAGAAAUAAGCAGAAUGAAACUGCAGACACAUGAAGUGCUUGUGAGCUUUGAGUAAAAUAACCCUGAGUUGCAAUGCGUGAAACCGGCUUGCCAUUAACAUUUUUCCUCUGUCCACUUUAACUUACAAAUCAAAGGCAGAGGAGUUUUUUGUCCAUUUUUGUCCUCUCUAGUAUGUUAAUAUUAGACAGUAUUGACUUCAAACUACUUACUAAUGUUUUGUGUAUAUACUGUAGCACUGUCUGUUCCUUCCUAAUAACUGGAUACUGGUGGUGAACUCUGGGCUGGUUUUGGACUGGUGGCAGUUUCUGUCAGAGAUAGAGUACAUAUCACGGACUGGUAGGCAUAGCCAUACAUAAAAACUUAACUUUAGAUGACGGGCUACAUAUUUGCUCCUGACUGUCUGAAGCUGAAUGCCAACAUAACAAUAACAUUGAAGCAAGGCUUUUAUGUUGCUUCAAUGUUAUCUUCUUUCAGAGAGACUACCUUGCAUCAGUGGGACUAAUCCUUUAUGUAUGACCUUAUACUGUGAAUUGGUUUUAUUUAUAUUUGCUCAAUCCUGAUGUGCCUUGCUUUUAUUUUUAUUGACAUUUCAAGUGAUGA